AUGGCGGGCGGGCGGCGGGCGGGGGCUGCGCGCCGGCGGCCCCGCGUGGCUUUGAUUGACAGCGCCGCUCUCCCCGACCAAUCGCGUUGGAGCGGCGGCCCGCUCCGCGCCGUGAUUGGCGGAGCGGCGCUGAGCGGCGCGCGGCCCCACGCGCGGAGGGGGAGCAGCGCGGCCCUCACGACACAUCAAAGGGGCCGCGCGGCCGCCGGGGGAGGCUGGGCGGCCUUGUCGCCGCCCGCCGGUGCGGGCGGCUCGUACCGAGCGCUUUCUCGGUGCGGAACGGAGGCGUUCCGGUGCCAAAGCGCCUGUGUUUGUUUUACAGCCCGAACCGGGCCGCCGGAGCGGGGUUACGGCAGCGCCGGGCCCGAGUCACGGCCGGGCCGGGGGGCGCGGGGCGGGGCGGGGCCUGCGCGGGGCGGGGCCCGAGGUGGGCGUGGCUCGCGGCCGCCCCUCCGUCAGACACAAGCUGCCAUUGUGACGUUACGCCAGCGCCGCCCAAUCAGCGCCCUCCGCUGGCGGCCCCACGUGGGCGCGGCGCCCUCUGAUUGGCUGUCGGCGGCGAGGCCGCCCGGGUUUUGUCCCCCGCCCGCCGCCCCGCUCCGCCCGGGCGCUGUGGCGGCACCGCGUGCUCGGGCGCCGCUGCCCCGCUCCGCGCCCGCUCCGCGAUGGCUCCCGGAGUUACGGCGAUCCCGGCUGGACGCAGCUGAACGGCCGCCCCCGGGCGGGGGACCCGCUCGCACCUCGCAUGUCCGCGGCGCCCGGGAAGUCGGAUGUUUCUCGGCCUCUCCGGGAGCGCUCCGAGGCCGGCGGGCAGCAGCGGCAGCUCCGCACGUCGCGAUCGCCGUAGCGAGGCUCGGCGCGGCUGCUUCCAGUGACCGCGCCCCAGCCCGGCCAUGUACCCCCAGGGCCGGCACCCGGUGAGUCCCGGUACCCCCCGCCGCACCC